UAGCAACCAACUCGCGUUUGAUACGGUUUCCAUGGGGCUCUUAAACAGCUGCUGCAUUUCUCUCCGCUAACUAGCAAAUUGAGGAAUUAACACGACGAACUAACAACUUUACCGGGCAUGUGUCUUUAUCAUUUGUAAACAGUUGCUAGCCACAGUCACUAGCAAGUCGGGCUGGUUGUUUUUAUUAAAGGUUUCUUUGCAGGUUGGAUUGGGGAGCUAAUGUUAGUUAGCUUAACGUUAGCUGGCUAAACCAAGCAAAUAAGACGACUCAUUAACUGAACGUUAGAGCAAGCACGUUUCGUUCAAGAUGAGUGAGCAGCUGAAAUUCAUCGUUGAACAACUUAACAAGGACCCGUUCAAGAAAAACUUUAACCUCAUCACGUUUGACUCCCUCGAACCGAUGCAGCUGCUGCAGAUUUUAAACGAUGUUCUGGCUGAAAUAGACCCAAAGCAAGCUAUAGAUAUCCGUGAAGAAAUGCCUGAACAAACCAUAAAGAGGAUGUGUGCUCUGCUGGGGAUGCUGAAAUACAAACCUCCGGGCAACCCCUCUGAUGUAAGCAACUUUAGACAAGGUUUGGUGAUUGGCAGCAAGCCCGUGGUCCACCCUAUCCUCCACUGGCUGCUACAGAGGGUCCCUGAACUAAAGAAAAGGGCUUAUUUAGCUCGCUUUCUUGUCAAACUGGAGGUGCCUGCAGAGUUUCUGCAGGAUGACAUUAUCAAUGACACCUAUCACCAGUAUGAAGAGCUGGUGGAAGGUUUUAAGACGUAUCACAAAGAGUGUGAGCAGCUGAGGACGUCAGGCUUCUCCACAUCAGAAAUCAGAAGGGACAUCAGUGCAAUGGAGGAAGAGAAAGACCAACUAAUCAAACGUGUGGAGAGGCUGAAGAAGAGGGUGGAGUCAGUGUCUAACCAUCAACGGAUGCUGGAACAGGCCAGACAGCUGCGAGUGGAGAAGGAGAGAGAGGAGUCACUGACUCACCAGAAGCAAGAACAAAAGAACCAACUGUUCCAGGCAGAGCAGAGACUGCAGAGAUCACAGCAGCAGUUGAAGGAUUUGCGACAGGCAGCAGCAGAUGCCAAUCCAGAAAGCUUAAUGAAAAGGCUUGAAGAGGAGAUCAAGAUCAACUCCUACAUGGUUUCUGAGAAACUCCCCAAAGAGCUGGAGAGUAUGAGGCGUACAGUGCAGCACCUGCAGAAAAUAGCGUCAGAGCCUGCCAUGGGCCAGGCUGAUCUCCAGGAGCUGGAGGACAAGAUUAAAGAAGUUGAUUCUCAGAUAAACCAGCUGAUUGAGAAGAAGAUGAUGAGAAAUGACCCAAUGGAUGACAAACUCACCCUUUACAGGCAACAGGCCUCCAUUAUCAUUCGAAGGAAGGAGUCGAAGGCCGAGGAGCUUCAGGAAGCGAGGGAGGAGCUGGCCGCGGCAGAGAGGGAGCUGAGGCAGAGGGCCAGCCAGGCACAAGCCUCAGAUGGGGGAGAGGUCAUCCGGGGUGACGAGCUAAAACGCCUGGUGAUGAAAUUGCGCAGCAAGGGAACAGUAUACAAGAAGAAACGUCAGGAAAUUGCUGAGCUGAAAGUGGAGUAUGGAGUCCUGCAGCGGACAGAGGAGAUUCUCAAGCAGAGGCAUGACACUGUCCAACAGAAACUGCAAACUGUGGAAGCUGAGAAGGGUAUCUCUGGCUACAGUAACACUCAGGAGGAACUGGAGAGGGUGUCGGCCAUCAAGAGUGAGCUGGAUGAGAAGAAGGGCCGCACGCUGGAUGACAUGUCUGAAAUGGUGAAGAAAUUAAACUCUAUGAUAGUGGAGAAGAAGUCUGCUCUAGCACCUAUUAUAAAAGAACUGAGGUCACUGAGACAGCAGUGUCAGGAACUAAGCCAGGAAUAUGAGGAUAAGAAGGCGCAGUAUGAAAGUUGUACUGCUGGUUUGGAGAGCAACAGGUCUAAAUUGGAGCAGGAGGUGAAAGCACUGAGAGAGGAGACGGCGCAGGAGGAAAACCGAUAUCAUUACAUCAACUCCAUGUCAGAGAUCAUUGAGAUGCAAAUACAGCGGGCGGCAGAGGAGAUGAAGGCUUACGUGUCCUCUGAUCCGCAAGAGAGGAAGAAGGCCAUCAGGGAAGUGUACAUGAAGAACAUUUCAGAACAGGAGUUACUUGGCAAGAAGUUACGCGAGAAGCAGAAGAUGGUGAGGGAGAGCCACAGCGCCAACAUGGAGCAGAUGAAGAUGUGGCGUGACCUGGAGCAGCUGAUGGAGUGCAAGAAGCAGUGCUUCAUAAGAGCUCAGAGCCAGGCAUCUAUUGGUCAGGUCAUCCAGGAGGGAGGAGAGGAUAGGCUGGUGCUGUGACACGUCUAGGCAGGGUCCACUGCACAUCACCUACAAUACAUUCACUACACAGAGUUUAACUUAAUAUUCUAUGCCUUCCUCUAACAUGUCUACAUCUUUUACAAUAUAAUUGUUGUACGAAACUGUUACUGUGCACUAUUGUAGAUUUAAAUAACAUGUACAAAGUUUGUUUGGUCAUGGAGGUUCAUCUUGUCUGUUACACACCAUCAUCGAGUUUCACUUGAUGGUUAAUCUUGUGUAAGAACCAGACCAGUAGCUUCUUGGUGAUGACAUGGUUUGAGAUCCUUUGAGCAUCCACAGUUUAAAGAUCACAUGUAUCAAAAGGUGGUACAUGUUUUCACUUUCACCGGCCCCUGGAGACUCAGUUUCGCCACAUCUUUAAGACUACACUUGCAAUCCAAGUGUCCAAAGAUAACAGCAUACAAAGUGGUGCACUUGGGAUGUGGCCGCGGUCAACUAUUUUUGGCAACAACUACCCUGACCUUGGACAGGGUGUCUUGCCAGUUUUGGAGUUCACUGGGACCUCCAUUGCUUUGGACAGUGCAGAUGAAACAGUCAUAUUAUUCAGCUUGUUUCUAUUUCAUAUCACAACAUACACAAUUUUUCUAUAAUGGAGCCGUAGUUCCAGAUAACCUUUGACAUUUAAGGCAUACAUAGUUAGAUAUUUUGGUUGUCUAUGUAUUUCUAUUAAAUGUAUUAUAUAUUCA